AUGUCUGUCAUUAUACGGUUGGAAAACCUCCCUUGGGAGGCACGUUCACUCGACAUUCGUCGAUUUUUUCAAGGACUACAAAUACCAGAUGGUGGUGUUCAUAUUGUUGGAGGCGAUCGAGGCGAUGCAUUCAUUGCCUUUCAUACGGAUGAUGAUGCUCGUCAAGCGAUGCAAAAAGAUGGUGGUUUAAUUAGUACCCAACCGGUUAAACUGUUUCUAAGCUCAAAAAUUGAAAUGCAAAAUGUCAUAGCAGCUGCACGAAGUAAACCACCAGCAGCAACAUCUCAAAAUCAACAAGCACAAUCAGCAAAUGUAUCACAACAAAAACGUUCUGAUCCUCUAUCUCAACAAUUCACUCAUGAUAUUGAUGAAAACCAACAUCAGCAUCAACAACAUCAACAACAACAACAGCAACCACAACCAACAGCUGCACAAGCCAAUGAUCCGAUGGCAUCAUUUCUUGAUGUUGUAAAAAAUAUUCAACAACAGCAACAACAACAACAGCAGCAGCAGCAACAACAACAACAAAAGACAAAUGCUGCAGCAACAGCAUUACCAACAUCUGCUGCAGCAGCAUCAACGGCAACACCUACUUCAUCUGGUCUUGCACCAGCUAAUCUUGUUCUACAACUUUUACAAUCGAAUCUAGGCAAUAUACCGCCUAACGUACUUGCACAAGUUCAAGGGCAACUCGCUGGACAAGGCUUAGCAACACAACCUAAUCAAGUUCUUCAACAAUUAGCUGCUCUACAAGCUGCAUCUCAACAACAAGCUGCGUCUCUUCAAGCUGGUACUAGUCAUUCACCUAUUUAUAAUUCUGCUCAAACGAAUUCUCUUGUUCAUCAUGCUCUUCAGCAACCAGCAAUUGCCGAUUCUAGUCAAACAGCGAAUGCAAAUGCAUUCGGACAAGGAGCUCCUCCACCAUUAAAUCUCUUUCCACCAGGUUCAAUACCACCAUCUGCUUUAUCAGCUCUUUUCAAUGCUUCACAGCAACAAUUACCAUUUCAAUCAGUUAAUAAUUCGUUACCUUCGAAUUUUCCGCUUCCACCUUGGAUUCAACAAAAUGCUGGUCAAUCUCAAGCGUUUGGUUUACAACAACAACCGCAGCAGCAGCAGCAGCAACGUCCUUUACUUAAUCAUCCUCAAUUACAAGAUGAUCAACAAUUACGUUUAAGACAACAACAACAACAACAACAACAUGAGUUUAAUUCUAAUCAGUUUCAACAACCCUAUUCAUCUAUGAAUGCACGUGGAGGACCUCAACAAAAUCAACAACGAUCGAAACUUCGUGAGCCGUAUUUACGUGUAAAAAAUCUCUCAAGAAAAUAUUCAUAUCGAGAUGUUAAACUUCUAUUUGCUGAUUAUAAAUUACGUUUGGAAGAUAUUAAAAUGAUUAAUGAUCAAAAUGGUGAACGAACAGGUGAAUCUGUUGUUCAAUUUCGUUCAAUAGAAGAUGCCGAAGAAGCAUUAUCACAAUUUAAUAAUGUGUAUUAUGGUGGUGCUAAUGUACAGAUUGUUCCAGCUAGUGAAUACGAAUUUGCAUCGUCUCUUGAUUCAUUUAUUCCAGCAUCAGUUAAAAAACGACAACCCGAAGGAGGCUAUUGUGUAAAAGUCAUUGGUUUACCAAAGAAUUGGUAUAAACGGGAUAUUCGUCGAUUAUUUACAGCAUCGGAAAUUGUGUCCGAACGAGGAAUUUAUCUAGACAAUGAUAAUGAUAGUAAUCAAGGUGGUACUGCUUAUAUUGAAUUUGUUAGCGAAGUUGAUCUUGAAAAAGCAUUAUUUUAUCAUGAUGAACAUUAUGGUUCGUCACGACUUGAAAUUCAGCCUAUAACGAAAAAAGAAAUGGAAUCAGAAAUCGCAUCACUUCGUUCAAAAGAUAAUCGUCGAAGAGAUUAUUAUGACGGAGGAGAUACAAGAUCAAGAGCACGAUCGCGAUCGCGUUCUCGAUCGCGUUCACCCAAAGAUCGGGAUACACGUCGAUAUCCACCACGAGAUGAAACAAAUGGAGACAAUACGGGAGGCUCAUAUCCUCGACGACCACGUUACAAUGAAGAAUUGCCACCUACGAUAACUUGUCUUCGCCUACGUAAUAUUCCAUAUGCCACACGGGAUCAUGAUGUUAAAACAUUUUUUACUGGUGUUGAAAUAGCUGCAGAUGGUAUUCUAUUUAAAUAUGAUAAAACAGGUCGACCUGCUGGUGAAUGUUAUGUACGUUUUGGUUCCAGUAAUGAUUGUCGAAAAGCUUAUGAAAAAAAUCGUUCACAAUUCGGUGGAAGAAUAUUAGAAUUACGACCAUUGUCAUUAUGGGAAUUUCAAGCAGCUACAUCACAAGAACGUGAUGAAACAGGUGCCACAUUUUCAACUAAUGGUGGUUUAGGUAGAAGAGAACCGUUCGGUGGCAACAGUGGUGGUGGUGGCGGCGGCGGCGGUGGUGGUGGUGGUGGUGGUGGUGGUGGACAAAUGUAUCACGGAGGACCAUUAGGUGAAAAACGAAAAUUUCCCUAUGAUCGUAAUGAUGAUAAUGGUAAUGGUGAUGAUAAAUCUCCGCCAGAUCAACAACGAUUCGAUCGACGAAAAGGUGAUUCAUCAAGUCCACGUGGUGGUGAUGGUGAUAAGUCGCCGUCGAAUAUGAUGGGAAAUUCAUCCAUGGAUGAUCAAAAUGGACGCAAAAUGAUGCGAAAUAAUAAUUCAUCGUUGAUACAAAAACAAUUAACACAACUACCACCGGGUUACGAUCAAUAUCGUGGACAAGUUUUGUUAAUGUCAAAUGUUCAUUUUCGUGCAACACGUGAGGAAAUUUUACAAUUUCUACGCUCAUUUCAUCCAAUUGAAGAUACACUAAAAAUUCAUCGAGAUAGUUCCGGACGACCAACAGGCCAUGCUGUUGUAGCUUUAACGAAUGCUGAAGAUGUACCACAAGCACUCAAAGAACUUAAUAAUUCAUUUUUUCUUCUAAGAAAAAUAUCCGUUUGUGUUGUUUAA